GGGGCCAUGGGACAUCAAGGGGAGAAAGGAGAAAAAGGAGAUCCUGGUGAAUUGGGAUUGCCUGGCAAUGAUGGUCCACCAGGAGAGAAAGGUGAAAGAGGAGAGAAAGGAGACAAAGGAGACCCAUCCAAUGAUGUGCUUCCAACAGGUGCCAAAGGUGACCAAGGUUCCCCAGGCCUCCCUGGGCUUCCUGGGCCUCCUGGACCUCCUGGACCUCCUGGCCCUCAAGGUCCUCCUGGUCCCCCUGGAAGUAGAAAGGCUAAAGCCCAGCGCCAGCCAAAUAUGUUUAACGGCCAAUGCACAG